AACUAAAGCCCGUCAGUCUUGACCAGUAAGUCUAAGAAGGUGGUGUUGAAGACAUGGAAUUUGGUGUUUGAGUAAAAGAGACUGAAAUUUGGGAAAACAUUUUGCUCAUAAAGCGGAUCUCACUCCCGCAUCAGCCCUGACCUCUGUGAUGUCAAUGUCAUCCUGCACGCAAAGCUAAGCUGAGCCUCCAAGUCAAACAAAGAAGCAUCGCAUCUUGGGACAGCACGGUUUCCUUUCCAUUGAACCAAGACUCUGAGGCUGAUAUGCAAUGUCACUUACAACAUUAAUCAGAUACCGCAUUUAAGUGCUCAUGAGCGCAGCCCAUUCAAGCUGUUCUGCGUAUGAUUUUGUGUGUGUGUGACAAUUGCAUCUAAAACUUGUGAGCAAGAAGACGGAGAAAUCAGUUGGUCUCCAUCGCUUUACAUAAAAAUGGCUGAGUGUCCUGUCAUGCUAGCACUGCAUUAAAUGAUACAUACAGAGAGACAGUGAAAGAAGAGACAGGAAAACAACAACAAAAACAACACCACAAUUCCACCAUCCUUGGUCUUAUGGUGCUUCCAUGCAUUACUAGAAAUUGAGCCCAGGGUUACACUCAUGAUCUUGAUGUGGUGAAGAUGGAGGACUCAGAACCCAGGAUUUCCAUGUGACUUCUGCCAAAGUACAGGAAACUAACUCCGCUAAGGCUGGUCUGUUCUGAGUGAGAUGACAGUCAUGUCCCUUUCCAGGGACCUCAAGGACGACUUGCACAGUGACACCGUGCUCUCCAUCUUGAACGAGCAACGCAUCCGGGGCAUUCUGUGCGAUGUCACCAUCAUUGUGGAGGACACCAAAUUCAAAGCCCACAGCAAUGUCCUGGCCGCUUCAAGCCUCUACUUCAAAAAUAUCUUUUGGAGCCACACAAUCUGCAUCUCCAGCCACGUCCUAGAGCUGGACGAUCUCAAAGCUGAAGUGUUUACAGAAAUCCUUAAUUAUAUCUACAGCUCCACCGUCGUCGUCAAGCGUCAGGAAACAGUCACGGAUCUUGCAGCUGCAGGAAAAAAGCUGGGAAUAUCCUUCCUGGAAGAUCUCACCGACCGCAACUUCUCCAGUUCCCCCGGCCCCUAUGUAUUCUGCAUCACAGAAAAGGGAGUGGUAAAGGAAGAGAAAAAUGAAAAAAGGCACGAAGAGCCCGCCGUCACCAGUGGGCCGAGGAUCACAAAUGCGUUUUCCAUCAUUGAAACUGAAAACAGCAAUAGCAUGUUUUCUCCGCUGGACUUGAGGGCGAGUUUCAAGAAGGUCUCUGACUCCAUGAGAACCUCCAGCCUGUGUCUCGGGAGGGCAGACGGUUGCCACGAGGCAGAGCCCGUGCGCACGCUGGCCGAGCACUCCUACGCCGUUUCUUCCGUGGCCGAGGCUUACAGAAGUCAGCCUGCCUGUGAACACGAGAGCAGCUCCCCAGCCGCAAAAACGGACAAAGACAACAGCGAGACUCCCACAGCCAAACCAAAACCGUGCCGGAAGCCAAAAGCACUCACCCCACCCCCGGUUUCCGACCCACCGGUGGCAAAUACCCCACCUCCUCCUCCAGUGUCCAGCCUAGAGGUGAAUCCAGAAAGAACUCCCCAGCCAGCCCCAGUUCUUCCCGGUUCAGAAUCCCUCAGCAAUGACGGAGAGGCCCAUUUCUCCCCAGAAGAGGAAAGUCAGCCCUCGGAGGCAUCAGGGCCACCGGCUACCGAGGUCCCACCUCUCAUCUACAACUGCAGCUGUUGUUCCAAGUCCUUCGAGAGCAGCAUGCUGCUCAGUGCCCACAUGCAGCUGCAUAAGCCCACCCAGGAGCCCCUUGUGUGCAAAUACUGCAACAAGCAGUUCAGCACCCUCAACCGGCUGGACCGCCACGAGCAGAUCUGUAUGCGGGCCAGCCACGUGCCUGUCCCAGGCAGCAAUCAGCGCUUCUUAGAAAACUACCCCACCAUCGGCCAGAAUGGAAGCUCCUUCACAGGCCCGGACUCUCUGCUCUCUGAAAACAGGAUGGGUGAGUUUUCCAGCCCCGGAAGUGCCCUGCCAGAAACAGACCACAUGGUGAAAUUCGUCAAUGGGCAGAUGCUCUACAGCUGCGUGGUGUGCAAACGGAGUUACGUGACUUUAUCCAGCCUCCGCAGGCACGCAAACGUCCACUCUUGGAGAAGAACCUAUCCUUGCCAUUACUGCAACAAAGUGUUUGCGCUGGCGGAGUACAGGACAAGGCACGAGAUUUGGCACACAGGCGAGAGGCGGUAUCAGUGCAUAUUCUGCCUCGAGACUUUCAUGACCUACUAUAUACUCAAAAACCAUCAGAAGUCUUUCCAUGCCAUAGACCACAGACUUUCUAUCAGUAAGAAAACGGCCAAUGGAGGCCUGAAGCCCAGCGUGUACCCCUAUAAACUUUAUAGGCUACUGCCGAUGAAAUGCAAGCGGGCCCCUUACAAGAGCUACCGGAAUUCCUCCUACGAAAACACUAGAGAAAACAGCCAGAUGGCCGAGCCUGCCCCAGGCACUUUCAUGAUUCAGAACCCACACAGCUCGGACUUACCGACCCUGAGUUUCCCGGACGGUGGAAAUGCUCUGACCACCAGUCCAGCCAUCCCCUUGGAAACGCCUGUGUGUCCAGAUGGGCCCACGCCCACCAAGAAACAGAAGGCAGAGGGCGCCAAGUGGAGAGAGGAGUCCCUGAAGACUGACCUCGGCAGUAACCUUUAUUCAGCUGAGGUGGCCGCAGCUUCCUGCAGAAAUGCCUCGGGCCCUGCAGGUGUAGCAGAGGGCACUCCCAUGCUGUCUGUGAGUCACAGCAAAGGCGGCGAGAACUCGGCCUCCUCCGUCAUCAGCUACGGAGGCUCAGCACCCUCGGUGAUCGUGCACAGCAGCCAGUUCUCCUCCGUCAUCAUGCAUAGCAACACCAUGGGCGCCGUGAGCAGCGGCAGCCACCGAGCCCCUGCAGACCCAGCCACCAGCCAGCCCCCCAAAGACGAAGGCAAGCCAGAGCCAGAGAAAGCGGGGAGAGCUGCCAGCAGACCCAAAAACCUAAAGGAGAAAAAGAAAAUGAGCCCACCCUGUACCAGGGGGGAGGCAGCAGAGGAGUUCAAGUAUGUUUCCGACCCCGGAGCAUCUCUGAGCAAAAACACAACUCCGAGAGAGGCUGGGAAGAUCGAGACCUACAUCGCUAAGCCCGCUCUGCCCGGCACCUCCACCAACAGCAACGUGGCCCCGCUGUGCCAGAUAACCGUGAAGAUCGGGAAUGAAGCCAUUGUGAAACGGCACAUCCUGGGAUCCAAACUCUUCUAUAAGAGAGGGAGGAGGUCCAAGUACCAAAUGCAGGAAGAGGCCUUGCCCCCUGAGAAGGACCAGGCUCCCCAGGGCAACAGCCCCCUGGACCUCUGCCAAUCCGAGUGCGUAGAGAUGAGUGAAAUAUUCGAUGACACGAGUGACCAGGACUCCACGGACAAGCCCUGGCGCCCUUACUACAACUACAAACCCAAGAAGAAGUCCAGACAGCUGAGGAAAAUAAGGAAAGCCACCUGGAGGAAGGAGCAGGGAAGCAGAAGCCCAGGCCCCAAGUGCAGGCUCCCCGCGGAACUGGACUGCGCGGUGGGGAAGACGCCUCCGCAGAAGGCGUUCGAGGAAGAAGAGAACAAAGAGAUGCCCAAGCUCCAGUGUGAGCUCUGCGACGGAGACAAGGGCUCGGGGCCCGGGAGCAGGCCCCACCGGCACAUCACGGCCAGGCCUUACGCCUGCGAGCUAUGCGCCAAGCAGUUCCAGAGCCCAUCCACGCUCAAGAUGCACAUGCGGUGCCACACGGGGGAGAAGCCGUACCAGUGCAAGACCUGUGGCCGCUGCUUCUCCGUGCAAGGGAACCUGCAGAAGCACGAGCGCAUCCACCUGGGCGUGAAGGAAUUCAUCUGCCAGUACUGCAACAAGGCCUUCACCUUGAACGAGACCCUCAAGAUCCAUGAGAGGAUCCACACCGGUGAGAAGCGCUACCACUGUCAGUUCUGCUUCCAGAGCUUCCUGUACCUCUCCACCAAACGGAAUCACGAGCAGAGGCACAUUCGGGAGCACAACGGGAAGGGCUACGCCUGCUUCCAGUGCCCUAAAAUUUGCAAAACAGCCGCUGCCCUCGGCAUGCACCAGAAGAAACACUUAUUCAAAAGCCCAAGUCAGCAGGAGAAAAUAGAAGGCGAGGCAUACCAGGACAGCUCAGACCCCCUGGAGAACCCGCCUCUCAUUGAUCCAGAAGAAAAUGACCAAAAGGAUCAUGUCCAUGCCAUUGUUGAAAACUCUCUUUGAGUAGCAAUAACAAAAAAAACAAAAAACUAAAUUGCUGUAAAUUGAUGGGUUUGGUGGGUUUUGUUUUUAGUUAGCUGCUUUCCCUGUUUUUAGUUUAGUUUUUGUUCUUAUAGCAGUCAUGAAGGAGUGAAAUGUAAAAAGAAAAUCUCAUUUGUGAAAAUUCCAGAAAAAAAAAAAAGGAUCCUAAUAUCUACUUUGGGUAUAGCAUGAACUUCAUUCAGAGUGUGUAUACACACACACACACACACACACACACACACACACACACACACACACACACACACACACCUCUAGCUGAAUCUUCCAAUACCCAAGUAUCUUGUGAAAGUGUAUGAAGUUCUUAGCUGUGGUAUCUAUGCCAGUUGUGGGGGGGGGGACUUUAAUCUGAUCCUAAUUAAAAACUUCCUAAUAAAUGCUAAUGGGGACUGGCUACUGAACUGUCUUGAGUCACUGGAGAAAAUAUCAGAGAUCAUGGAAAUGUCAUCUUCAUAAAUCCGUUAAAGAAAUAAAUGAGCUGUGGCGUCACUAUCUCACUCAGCUUCCGCACUGUUCAGAUUGUUUAGGUUAAGGGGCACAUAAGAAAUAUGUAACAAUAUAGCUGAAUCUACAUGUGAAAUUAGUUCCUUAACUGGGACCUUCAUACAUGACUUAGAACUAUCCGUACUUUUCUGCAACACAAACUUUGUAAAAUACAUAGAUAAAUCCCUCUUAACUUUUAACUGCCCACAUCCCAGUAGAUGAUUAAAACACUGAGCAAUAGAUGUGCAAAUCUGGCAUAACUGGCCCAUAGAAAACAUUCUGGAUCUGGCUUAAAAGCAUGUGUAUGCUUUUAGAUGGAACACUAUUCUCUUGAAGUUGUGGCUGAGUCGUUAGCACUGAGCUAUUGGGGCCAUGCCUUAUAUAUAGGGGAAAGCCUUCCCAGAGUUCACCUGUGCUGUAUUCUUUGCAGCUAUAUUAUUUUUAUGAUGUAUUACUUUGCAACGGCCUCAUCUUAGAAAAUGGGAGAUGGGUCCAUUUUUUCUGAAACUCUGCAGACUCCCACCACACAGCCAUGGAUGUGGAGGUGUGUACCAAAUAAAUUUAACUGGGUUCUCGGGUUUGAAUAAAGUCUGGCAUCUCCCUUUGCACUGAAGGAAUGUCCUGGAGGUUUAGGGCAAGGUGUGCUGAUGGUGGUGAAAUCCCAGGGACUUGAAAGGGACAAAAAGCCUGAACCUGUGAUGAUUAGCUGCCUGGGGAAUAUACAGUGAACAAGUGUUUGAGAGUACAACAAAAUGAGAACAGAAAGACACCCCCCCCCCCAAAGUGCACCCAAUAAUGACUGGGGCUGGCCUUUCUCGCCUCAAAUGGUAGCUUUGUUUAGGGGGUGGGUGGAGGAUGUGAUAAGGUUCUGUUCUUUCUAUGACUGAGAAAUCCUUCACAGAACCUAUGUGUUCGCAGACAUCCAAUCCCCUUGCUAAGUAAAUAAAUAGAAAGAAACUUGUUUUCUUAAUGUUCUUUUAUGCUAGCUAAUACCUCGUUUCCCUCAAACCCCAGCCACCCUGUAAGCUAUCCCACCACAUGGAUUAAGUUCCUGGGAAGCUGGAAUUCCAUGAUUCUUUUUAAACUUCUGGAGUAGGAAGAAGAGAGUAGAUAUUCUCACCCUUGGAUCCCCAGCAUGUGCAGAAUCUGAAACUGGCUUGAAGGGUGACCUGCUCUCACUCAUGUUCCUGGGGUUUGAUAGACGGAGCCCCAAGAUUGCCCAGGAUUGCUUGGUUAUUGGUAUGAAGAAGUAGCUCAAAAGACUCAUGUUCUCUCUCUCUCUUUCUCUCCCCCCCCACCCCUCGAGUGUGAUGAUGUCAUCAUGAAGAAGACUUACUAUGGAUUUGGCAGGGCAGAAAAGCAUUGGCACACCCAGAGGAGGACCCAAUCAAAGCUGACCUUUUUAUACUGUAGUAUUUUGAUGUCAAGUAACCCCAGUAUUGUAUCUGCUUUCAUCUUUUGCCCAUCUUCUCUCACAUCCAGUAUUAUGUACUAGACGAUAAUGGGGAAAUGCAAGUAAAUUCAACUUUAUUUUAUACAUUGCAUAAUUGUAUACCUGCACUAUUCAUUUGGGUUUUACUAAAGAGAUAGUCACAAGGGCUUAUGAACUUUUUUUAUGAUUAAUAAUUAGAAUAUUGAUUAAGCAAUCCUGUGCACUACUAAUUUGUUUUCUCUCAACAAGGAUUAUGAUUCAAGGAGAAUCUCUGUGUUUUUCAAUUGCUUUGAUUUGAGGGAACUCCAAAUAUAAAAUCAUUACAUGUUGUGAUGUCUCUCAACCCUUACAUGUGGAUAUUUUCAAGUGGACUUGUAUGCUGAUAAUUCUAGACCAAAGUAAAUAUGGCAUAAUAUUUAUACAUGAAAAAAAUAAUUUUGCAAAUAUUUUCUAUAAUUGUAUUAUUCAUUUCAAAUGUUGAUAGCUUGUGUUAGUUUCAGGGAGGGGUGUAUAUUUUGAUAAAAAAAAUACUUGACUUUGUAAUUCUGUAUAUUCUAUACAAUUUAUAGCAGAGCCAUUUUGAAGACAGUCACGUCACAUUCUUUUGUUAGUCGUGAAAAUUUUAUGAGGAGUGAUGUCUAAGUAUGCAUUGAUUUCAUAAAAACCAACUAGAACUAAACUAAGUGUAAACAGUGGACAUGCUGUAUGCUGUACAAGAUAUAUUGUAACUUGCUGUGUUAGUAUCUGUACUUUUGCUAGAAGAUAAUAUUAAAUGCAGAUAUUAAGGGUUGGAAAAGUCUAAUUUUAUUUUUAGAAAUAAUGACUAUAAAUUUGGUUCUGCUUGAUUAAAAUAGCUUAUUCCUA